GAGAAAGGGGGUGGGAAUGGGUUAUUGGACAAGAGUCUGCUGGAACCUGAGAUAAAAGGAAGUCAACACAGGUCACACUGUUACCCUGUUACGACCACCCCUACCACCAAUGCACUAAUGAGACAAUUUUGGAAGCUGCUCCAUUUCACAGCCAUGACUGCCCUGCUGCUUGCCAUAUUGUUCAUGUCACUUACUACAGCAGUAUCUGUGCCUUCAGAUCAAAUAUUUCAGUAUAUUGAAGAACAUCAAAAUGAAUACGUGCAGAGACUCAAAGAUUGGGUGGCCAUAGAAAGUGACUCCAAUGACCCUGCAAAGAGACAUCUGGUUAUAAACAUGAUGCUUUUGGCAGAAGAGAGGAUAAGAAAGUUAGGUGGAACAGUUGAGAUGGUAGAUCUGGACAUGCAAGAGCUACCCAAUGGAAACAAAAUCUCUUUGCCACCAGUUAUUCUGGCAAACAUUGUAAAAGAUCCAAAAAAGCCUACCGUUUGUUUUUAUGGGCAUAUGGAUGUGCAGCCAGCAAAAAUUGAGGAUGGAUGGUCAACAGAGCCUUACAUAUUGACAGAGAAAAAUGGCAAUCUCUACGGACGAGGUGCAUCUGAUGACAAAGGACAAGUUCUGGCUGUGCUGAAUGCAAUCGAAGCACUUCAAAAACAUGAACUUCCUGUUAAUGUAAAGAUUCUGCUUGAAGGUAUGGAAGAAGUAGGGUCCAUUGGGCUAAAUACGCUAGUUGAACAGAGAAAUAGUACAUUUUUUUCUGACGUUGAUUACAUUGUGGUCACUGACUCCGCAUGGCUCAGCAACAAACCUGGUAUUACAUAUGGGACAAGAGGAAACUGCUACUUCUUUGUUGAGGUAGAAUGUGCUAAACGAGACUUACACUCAGGGGGCUUUGGAGGAAUAUUACAUGAAGCAAUGAAUGACUUAAUAUUUCUAUUAAACACCCUGGUAGAUUCCUCUGGUCAUAUCCUGAUCCCUGGAAUUUAUGAAGCAGUAGCUCCUCUCACUGAAAAAGAAAAGAAACUGUAUGAAGGAAUUGAAUAUGACCUGGACCAGAUUAUGGCCAAAUAUGGAAUAGAAGAGUUUCAUAACAAAACUAAGGAAGAAUUAUUAAUGCAAAGAUCACGCUAUCCAUCUCUUUCCAUCCAUGGAAUCGAAGGAGCUUUUUCUGCACCUGGAACUAAGACUGUAAUCCCUGCAAAAGUAACUGGAAAGUUUUCAAUACGUGUGGUGCCGAACAUGGAGCCUUCUGUAGUAAAGAAACAGGUGACUGACUAUUUGAACAAGAAAUUCACUGAACUGAACAGUCCUAACAGCAUUAAAGUAACCAGUAGCAUAGGAACAAAGCCCUGGCUAUCUGACAUAAAUGAACCUCAGUAUUUGGCUGCAAGGAAAGCAAUUAAAAGAGUGUUUGGAAAAGAGGCUGACAUGAUCCGUGCAGGUGGAACAAUUCCAAUUGCCACACAUUUUCAGGAGGUGACUAGAAAGAGUAUAAUGAUACUAGGAAUAGGAGGACCUGACGAUGCUUCACAUGGGCAAAAUGAAAAGAUCAGCAGGUACAAUUUCAUUGAGGGAACAAAACUAUAUGCAGCUUUUCUUCAAGAACUUGCUACUGUCUAAAGAAAAAAAAUACGGCUUAGUAAACCUUUAUAACUAUCUGUAUUUGCUUGUUUGAUAAGCACAUAUCACAGAACAUAUUGGAUUUCA